AAAAAAAAAAAAUUUGGUUGGGAAUGUUUUCUUCCAUUUUUCCUUUGUUGACUGGCCUAAGUGUAUUAUACACCGUAUUGUUUUCAUGUUGGACAAAAACGUUGCUGUUAGUAUUAAAGACGUCCAAUAUUUCAUCAUAAAACCUGGAUUAGAAAAUAAUUUGACGUAUAUUAAGUCAAACUUUGCUACCUUAACCUUAGCUAUUGAAAAAUUACAACAGCAACAUAUACCAUUUUCGGAUUCAAUCAAAAUUGUUAAGAAUAUCCAAAAGUCUUUGGAAAACUAAGUGAUCCAAAAGGAAACGUUAUUCAAAAUAAGUUCAAAAGGUAUUGGAAAAGAAUUUUGGUCUCGCGGCAUUAAUAAAAAUAUCAAAAAUUCUAACUGGUGAAGGAACAUCAGGAAAUUUAUCUGGUCUUCCUGAAGAUUUAAGUUGUAACGACUUAGCAUUUUUUAAACGCACAUCCGUGACGUUUGUCGAUGUUGAGCGAUCAUUCUCAACACAUAAAACUAUUGUCAAAUAACCGUAGAUUAUUCAAAUAUGAAAAUUUUUGGAUUAUCUGAUUUACAUGGAGAUGGCCGAGUACAUAAUGCAACUAAUGGACCUAAUGGACCUAAUGGACCUAGUGGAUUUGGGUUUGAACUAACUUUUCGUCUUCUUAAAGAUUCUUCAGAAAGCUCUCCACCUUUGUGGCCUGCUCGUAUUAUGCAAUCCCUUGCAAAAUAUGUAUUUAAAACAGGUAAUACAUUGUAUGCUGGUGAUCAUGUUUCUUGGCAUUGUGGUUUAGAUGGUAGUGAAAGUCGCUUACAACAUAUGUUGAUGGGUGAAGAUCCUCAGAUGCAAAUUACAGUAACACCUCAUGGAACAGUACGAUUUGUUCAAAUUAUCGGUGCUUGUUUGGAUGAGUUACAAGCUGUUCAACAAUGGAAUGGUCCAGGUGUAUUGCAAAUAAUGAAAAGAUAUCCAGUUACUGGAGGGUUAUGGUUAAUAACUAAUAUGCGCAGAGGAGAAAGUAUAAUUGAUAUAGAUCCUUCUGUUCGUAAUGAAAUAGCUGAAGGUAUUAAAAUGGAGGGUUCAAAUUUAUGUGGAAUUAGUGCUCAUUGCUCAUGGUUAGAAAUAAUAGAUAAAGAUAGCAAAACACUUCAUCAUGUGUCUCUAGAGCAUUCUACAAAAGAUAACCAAAUUAAUAAUAUAACAAUUGGAUUUGAUCGAAAUUUCAAUUAUAAAAGUUGUAAUACCGGUGAAUUAGCUCAAGUAAAAUUUUUAGAUAGAGUUCAUCUUGCUUUUAAUCUAGAAGCUGGACUAUUAUUACCACUAGUGUUAAAGGGUCGUAUUAGACAUGGUCGUCAUUUUACAUUUAAAUCUUUGAGUGGUGAUUCAACUAUAACAUUUGUUGCACCAUCAGUUUCUGGUUCAUUAGUCAAUGAUGAAAAACCAUAUGCAGCUCAAGACUCCUGGCUUCAAGUAUUAGUUUCAAAUAGUUUUCUUGAAUCAAUGGAAACAAGUUUAAAUUUUCUUAAUAAUCCUAUUUUGGAACCAUUGCCCAAAACUGUGUGUUGGCCUGAACAUAAUUUAACAUUAACUAUAAAUCCAGAUAAAAUAUGAUAUUUUAAAGAAUGAAGAUUAUAACAUAAUUUUAAUUAAAAUGGCUGUAAAUGGACAAUAUGAGAGACAUGAGUUUUAUAUUUUUUAAAAUUUUAAAUAAUUAUAUUUUGUUAGAAUUAUACAGAAAAAUAUAAUGAUUAAAAUCAAGAUUUCAAAAAAUUCAGUACAAAAAAUACAUAAAUAUCAAGAAAGUCACUAAAUUUAUUUACAGAGGUAUGUUACGCCUCAAUAGCCUGGGUGGCAAAAUUUUAAGAUGCUUUAUAGUUGAAUUAAAGAAUUUUCAUUUUUUGCUUAUUAGACCUAUUUAACAAAAUUAAUCUAUUUUAUAGUUAUUGUUCUUGUGAUUUCCAAAAUUAGUAUAAUUGUUUUACUAUAAUUAAAUGUUGAAAAAACGCUUUAAGUAAUAAAUUUGUUUAGAUUAGAAAAUAUUUUUUAAAAUAAAAUAAUGUUUUUUUAUUACUAAUAAUGAUGUAAAUGUAAAUAUCAUAUUAAAGUAUAAAUAUACAUAUAUUUAUAAGAUUGUAAGCUUUA